AUGGACAGGUACUUGGUAGAUGCUGCAAGUGGAGGAGCCCUGGCAGAAAAGACCCCAGCUGCUGCCAAAGAGCUCAUAUCAAAGAUGGCCCAAAAUGUGCAACAGUUCGGCACUCGGAUGAACACCCCUGAAAAGGCCACCAAUGAAGUUAGUGUAACUGCCACUAUGGACCAGCAAAGAAUAGAGAACAAGUUGGAGGAGUUGGCUUCCAUGGUUAGACAAUUGGCAUUGGAGAGGAAACAGCCACAACAGCAGUUGUGUGGAAUAUGUUUCCUACCCUCUCACCCCACAGACCAAUGUCCCCAACUACAAGAGAACACUGAAUCUGUUGCUGGCAUCUUCCCUGGUAGACCAUUCCAGCAGCACAAUCAACCUUUCCAGCAGCAGCCACAACACAAGUAUGAUCCCUACUCAGCCACCUAUAAUCCUGGAUGGAGGGAUCACCCAAAUUUCAGAUAUGGAGGGUCUUCAAACCAGUCAUUCCAGCAGCAUCCAUACCAGAAUCACAACUUGCAGCAGCAACAAUUUCAGCAGCCACAAAGAUUCAAUCAUCCUCAAGGUCCAAGUUCCACCAACCAUGCCCCACCCAGGCCAAAUCAAACUAUGCAGCCUGCACAACCACCACCCAAAUCGGAACCUAGCUUGGAUGAUAUUGUCAAGCAACUAGCAGCCAACACACUCCAAUUCCAACAGAGAACAGAGACUACCAUUCAGAAUUUGGAGACACAAAUUGGGCAGCUAGCUUCCAACAUAAAUGAGUUAAGGAGUCAAGAUUCCUUCAUCUGUCCUGAUUGUAGUAAUGAGAGUGAUCCAUGUGAUGCAUGUUCUGAGAUUGCUGCAUUUCUAGAUAAUCAUGAUUCUGAAGUUGAAAAUGAGCAUGCAUAUUCUGAUCUUCAUGGCUCCCCCAUAGAGGAUAUUGUUUCUACUAACCUUGCUGCCAUUGAGUUAGAGCCAAACAGCCAGUGGGUGAGUCCAGUGCAGGUAGUUCCCAAGAAGACGGGCAUCACAAUGGUGCCUAAUGAGAGGAAUGAGCUUGUUCCGAUGCGAGUACAAAAUAGUUGGAGAGUGUGCAUUGAUUACAGGAGACUCAACCUCGCCACAAAGAAGGAUCACUUCCCUCUCCCAUUUAUUGACCAAAUGUUAGAGCGGCUGGCAGCACCGGAGGAUCAGGAAAAGGCCACCUUCACCUGCCCCUUCGGCACAUUUGCCUAUAGGAGGAUGCCAUUUGGUCUUUGCAACACUCCAGGUACAUUUCAGAGGUGCAUGGUAAGUAUCUUCUCCGACCUUCUUGAGCAUUGCAUGGAGGUGUUCGUGGACGAUUUCUCUGUGUAUGGGACCUCCUUUGAUGACUGCAUAGGGAUUGUCUUGGGGCAUGUAGUGUCCAAGAGGGGUAUAGAGGUUGAUAAGUCUAAGGUCGAUAUCAUUUCUUCUCUGCCUUACCCCAUCUCUGUGCGGGAGAUUCGUUCUUUUCUUGGACAUGCAAGAUUCUACAAGAAGUUUAUCCAGGAUUUCAGCAAGAUUGCCCGUCCCUUAUCCAACCUACUCCAAAAGGAUGUGGAUUUCCAGUUCGACGAACAUUGCAAGCAGGCAUUUGAGGAGUUGAAGAGACGCCUGACUUCCCCACCUAUCAUACAGCCACCCAAUUGGGACUUUCCAUUCGAGCUCAUGUGUGAUGCUUCCAAUUAUGCAGUUGGUGCCGUUCUUUCACAACGAGUGGAGAAGAAGUCAUAUACCAAUGGGCAGGCUGAAAUGUCCAACAGAGAGAUCAAGCACAUCUUGGAGAAGACAGUCCAUCCCAACAGGAAAGAUUGGUCCAAGAGAUUGGAGGAUGCAUUAUGGGCUUACCGUACCGCAUUCAAGACUCCCAUUGGCAUGUCCCCAUACCGGCUUGUUUUUGGCAAAGCAUGCCACCUGCCAGUGGAGAUAGAGCAUAAAGCAUAUUGGAAGGUGAAGAACUGCAACAUGGAUCUGGCUCACACAGAUAUACUUGUUGAGCCUUGCGGCUUACCUUGUUUUGACAUUAUUCCAGGUAUGGAAGCUGACAUCGAGAAUGGGCUCGUGAUGUGUUGGUUCUAA